GACCACUCUGCGUCGUGUUAUUAAAGUAUUGCAAACAGUGUAUAUAAAAUUUAAUAUUAAUUUGUGUCUAAAGUUAGAAUACACACUGUCGAUAGUCAGUAGUGCUUUAGUUAUAAACAAUCAGGAUAUUGAUAAUAUCGCCAACUAUUGCCCAAGUUAUUAAGUCUGAGUACAAACAAAGAAUAAAUCUUAGGAAAAAAUUGAAGGAAGGGAAUUUAAAAAAAAUGAAAUAAAGAGGUAGAUAAGUGAGUAAAUAUUAAAUAAGGGAACUAACGAAAUGUAUAUUUUAAAAAAUAUUUAAUAAAAUUUAGUUUCCUAGGAGAACAAUAGUAGCCUCCCUUCUCCAUUAAUAGGAUUAUGAACAUGUUUAUGACUGGCAGAUAAAUAUAGAGUGCGCACAGAUUGGAAAAAAUUUCAACUGUAUCAAAAUCUUGAAAAAAAAUUUUUUUUGUAUAUUUCAACGAAAGGAUUAAAUAAUGGACGGUCAAGAAAAUCCCAAGAACAACAAUAUGAGGAGUGAAAUGGAUUCAAUAACAUUAGAAAAUGCUUUAGAAAAAAAAUGUAAGAAUCAUGCUUGGUUGGCAUGGAUACUGUUUCUUACCGCCAGUCCGGUAUUUUUUAAUUCCGUACACUUAGCUUCCUACGUAUUUCUUGGAGGAAAUCCUUCGUUCUUCUGCAAUAUUCCAGAACUAAGUGCAGCUAACUGGACAAAGGAACAGAUAAGAAAAAUAAGUAGCCCAGGAGAGGGCAGAGAAAGCUGUGUUCAUUAUGCAUGGAAUUACUCUUUAUUUGAGGAUUGGGGCUUCGACGGAGCUCUUAGAUAUUUCAAUAAAAUGCCAAAGCCAGAUGUUGUAAAAUGCAGUAGUUAUGUUUAUGAUGAAGAUUCAUUUCAUCAGACUAUAGUUACCGAGUGGGAUCUUGUUUGUGAUGAUUUGCCUCUGAGGUCAACAGUUCAGAGCACCGUGGCUAUAGGAAAAUUUUGUGGAGCUGUCUUCUUCGGCCUCAUAAGUGACAGGUUUGGAAGAAAGCGGACAUUUAUAUUUUCAGCAAUACUUUAUAUGAUAGCAGGCCCUUCCGCAGCAUUCUUAACGAACUACGCAGCGUUUAUUUUAUUUAGACUACUGAUAGGACUCGCUGGUUCUGGAGUCUACGACACUGGUUACACACUCUUGCUGGAACUAACAGUGAAGAACUACAGAGCUUACGUAGGCAAUAUGUUCAACGUAGCAUUUUCAUUUGGACUUAUGUAUCUCCCUCUGGCGGCUUAUUUGACCAAUAACUGGAGACAACUUCAACUAGCGAUUUCGAUUCCAAUGUUUUUGCUCCUUAUUCAUUGCUGGUUCAUGCCAGAAUCACCAAGGUGGUUAAUCACUGCUGGAAAACUAGAGAAAGCAUCACAUAUCCUAGGGAGUGUGGAACGCUUGGGUAUUAAUGAUCCCGAACAAGUUUCCCAUUUAAAUUCCAAAGGUCGAUCUGAUUCACGCAGCGAGAAUUGGUGUUUUUUGUUUAAAGAUUACUUAAAACUUUUUUCUACUUUUGAGCUGGCUAAAAGAACUCUGAUCUGUUAUUAUUUAUGGUUUCUAGGAAAUUUGUAUUACUACCUAAUAGCACUAAGCGGAUCAAACUUUGAUGUCAAUCAGUACAUUUAUAUGGGACUGAAUGGAGUCAUAGAAAUUCCAGGAUUCUUGCUUCCUCUUCCGUUGUUAACGUACUUUGGUAGAAAGAGCUGUGGAAUAGUGUUGCUGAUUAUUUCUGGCAUCCCUAUGUUUGUAAUACUUAUGUUACCACAGGGUUGGCCAGUCAUGGCUGUGACUUUUAUUGGAAGGCUAGCAGGAGCUGCUGCAAACGGUGUUAUCAUGUUUCAAACUUUAGAACUGUUUCCAACAGAAAGUCGCAACACUGCCAUGGGUAGCUGCCUCACCAUGGCACAGUUGGGACCCCUGCUAGCACCAUAUAUAGUGGACAUAUUGGGGAAGAAGGCUUGGUGGAUUCCUACGACACUAUGUGGUUCUCUUGCAUUCCUAGGUGCAUUCUGCUUGAUGUUCUUACCAGAGACCAAAAACACCCCUUUACUGGAUACAAUCAAUGAGAUGAAGUUUCUUGAAAAGAAGGCUGCAUGCAAAGAUUCUGAACAAAUUAGCUGACAAAUUAUUCUGUCAACAUUUCAAACUCAUAAGAGUUGUACAAAAUAUAUUGUAUAUUUUAUUUGUAUGAAAUAUGUAUAUUGUAUAUAUUUAUUUUUGAUACCUAAUAUUUUAUUAUGUGAGUCUUUUUGUCCUAUUUUAUCAAUUAUUAGGAAAUAAUAGAGAAGGUCUUCUCUAUCCAUUUUAGAGUCCCUAGGACAAGAUUAUGGGAUUUUUGGAGAUGUCAGAUAUAUACAUAUAUAAAAAAUAAAUAAAUAUAUAUUUUUCUCCACUA